ACACGUGUGCAUCCAUUCAGCCGCCGGAUCCUCUGCAGCAGUGCGAUGCUAGCCGAGUGCGUGAUCUCAUUCAAAGCGGGUAACUUGUGUCUUUAGGUGUCUAAAUCUGCUGCCCCCCCCCCACACAUACACGCAAAUCAGCGACUCCUCCCACUCCUCCUCCGAACCCCCAUCCACCCAGGUCGACAGCAGGACGGUGUAGCGAUUCCGGACACAGCGCUGAAACCGGACACGGACGUACGCAGGCAAAGACUCAGCUUUUGGUUCUUGUGCCAGCCCAGGGAUUAUAAUGCAGUGUUUGUUUGCAGGAAGAUUUCUCUAAGAGACCGAGAGCCUUUGGUGGGUGACUGUCCUGCGUGUGCGUGCGUACCGGUUGUUUUUUCUGAGCUGUUGGACUGACGCACGGAUACUGCAGCAGAACUGCAGGGGCCUGGACACUAACCUGGAGGACAUGAGGACCCAGCGGAUCCCCCGCCCCUGAGCUCCAGACCCCACUGCUGCUGCACAUUCUGCUGAGCUGAGCAGAGCUCCCAGAGGCCGACAGGAUGCUGACAGCUCGCGAUGGAGCUCGAGAUGAAGCUCAGAAGCUGCACAGGAAAUGGAUGAAGCACCAGGCCUUCAUGGCCGAACUGGCCCGCAACAAAGAAUGGCUCGCCAAGAUUGAACAGGAGGGCGAAGAGCUAAUCCAGGAGCAGCCCGAGUUGCGAUCUGUGGUGGAAAUGAAGUUAAAGGAGAUCAGAGAGUGCUGGUCUCAUCUGGAGAACACCACUAAAGUCAAGGCCCGGCAGCUCUUUGAAACCCAGAACCACCGGACUACUGACCUGCCCACCAACAACCUCAGCGACCUGGACCAGCAUUUGAACAUCAUACAGGAGCAGCCGCCCACACUGGGCUCCACCCACACCACACAACCCACCCUCCUCCAGCCCCGUCCCACUUUCAGCCAGCAGCUCCAGAGGAUACAAUCGUGGGAAGACCAAAUGCAGCUCUUUCACGGUGUUAGUGAAGUCAUGGCUGGUGCUGAUCACAGGAGACCUGAAGGAGAAGAGCAAGGAGGUGUGCCAGAGACCCGGAUUGUGCGUCUGAUUGAGCCUCUGAAGGAAAGGAGGCGGAUCCUUCUCGCCUCAAAAGAAUUGCACCAAGUCACACAGGACCUGGAGGAUGAGAUUAUAUGGAUUCAGGAGCGGUUGCAUUUGGCCUCAUCUAUAGAAUAUGGGACCAAUUUGCAGAGUGUCCAGAAUUUAAUCAAAAACCAUGAGGCACUGCAGAUGGAAAUGCAGGUUCGGAGGGGGCGACUCGAGGAGGUACUGGAAAGGGCAGAGGCUAUCGCUGCCUUGCGGACCCCAGAGGUGGAGCUUGUGCGGGAGGGGGCGGGGCAUGUGAGACAGCUGUGGGAGGUGCUUCAGGUGGAGAUGGAACGCCGCACAGUCAUGCUGGAUGCUGUGAACCAAGCCCAGCAGUACUACAGCCAGGCAGCGAAGACUGAGUCUUGGCUCAGUGGACAGAAACUUCAGGUCCUCAAUGAGGAGAAAGGAAACGACGAAGCCAGCACUCUUAGGUUACUGAAAGAGCAGUUGGCCUUGGAGCAAACAGUGGAGAAUUAUGCAGAGACAGUGGGCUCACUGUCCCAGCAGUGCCGUCGCAUGCUUGAGUUAGGACAUCCAGACAGUGAGAAAAUAACCAAGCAGCAGGCUCAUAUAGACCGACUGUAUGUGUCUCUGAAAGACUUGGUAGAGCAGAGGAAAACAAAACUGGAGCAGCAGUACUGGUUGUAUCAAUUGAAGCGAGAGGUGGAGGCACUGGAGAAAUGGAUUUCUGAGAGGGAAGCUGUCGCCAGCUCCACUGAGCUCGGCCAGGACCUGGAGCACGUCACGGUUCUUCAGAGCAGCUUUACCCAGUUUUCCUCUGAGACACGUGCAGUGGGCCAGAAACAGAUGGAUUCAGUCAAUAAGAUGGUGAAUGAGAUGAUCGACUGCAGUCACUCUGAUGCUGCCACCAUUGCAGAGUGGAAAGACGGACUGAACGAGUCCUGGGCGGAUCUUCUGGAGCUCAUGGAGACGAGAGCGCAGAUGUUGGCAGCAUCCUACCAGCUGCACAAGUUCUUCACUGACUGUCAGGAGGUAUUGGUACAGAUAGAAGGAAAGAUGAGACAGCUGCCGGAGGUGAGGUCCUGUCAGGUGAGCUCAGCCAACCCUGGCACACUACAGAGACUCCUGCACUCUUUCGAACACUCCCUGCAGCUGCUGGUCUCACAGGUACGCCAACUGCAAGAAAAUGCAGUUCAGCUACGUGCAAUCUAUGCUGGGGAGAAGGCAGAUGCCAUUUUGAGCCGUGAGCAGGAAGUGAUGCAGGCCUGGAAAGAGCUCCUCGUCGCAUGUGAGGGCAGCCGUGUGCAGGUCACCACCGUAACCGAUAAGAUCCAGUUCUUCGCGGUGGUGCGGGAACUGAGCAUGUGGAUGGAUGGAAUCAUGGGGCAGAUUGGCCCAAAUGACGAUGCCAGGGACCUCUCAGUGCUGGAGGGCAUGAUGUCCCAACAUCAGAAUCUGAAGAGUAAGAUGGACAACAAGAGCAAGAACUUUGUGCACUGUGUGGAGAUGGGAAAAAUGCUGCUCGCUGCCCGCAACCCUGCAGCUGAAGAGGUGAAGGAAAAGCUGGAGUAUGUCAUGACAAAGCAGAAAGAGAUGAAUGAGCGAUGGGACCUGCACUGGGAGAAGCUUCAGCAAGCCAAGCAGAGGCUGCAGUCCACUCAGACGGGAUUGACAGAGCAGCCCUGGCUCACAAUCAAGGAACCAAUCACUCCGAUUACCCGUGAGGCAGGGGGCGGGACAGACGAGGUGGAGGAGCUGAUUCGCCGGCAUGAAGCGUUCCGGAAAGCUGCAUCCACUUGGAAAGACCAUUUCAGCUCUUUACGACAGGCAGAGAAGAUGAAGGAGGAAUUGAACAAACCACCUUCUACCUCCUCUCUCCUCAGCAGGCAGAUGUUCCCUCUCUCCUGUCUUGUGCCCAGCUCUUCUUCCUCAUCUUCAUCAUCCUCUCUUUUCCGUAACCCCCUUCAGGACUCAUUUCUUGAGUCUAAGCCCGGUCCAGACCUCAUGCACUCCACAGAACACACGGUGACUCACACUCUCCCUCAGCGGCUCGGGUCCAGCCUAAACCCCUACACACCUGUUAUGAAUGGUUCCUCCUACCACGGGUUACAGCAGCCAUCGGGGGUCAUCAAUGAAAGUCCUUUAUACCAAUCGAUAAAACAACAGGGUGUUUCAAGUUUGGAUAAUUCCAGCUAUCAGGGGCUUAACCAACAAGUUGGCGUCUUUGGGGUGAACAGCUCCAGCUAUACUGGACUAAACCAACAAGGUGCUUUAGCAGAGGACGGCUCUAGCUACCAUAGCCUGAACCAUUUAGGUGCCGUAGGGGUUGUAGAGCCCAAAAUGGGAUAUGCUUGGCAGCACCUGAAAGCUGACUGCUUUCAGCCCAAAAUCAACCACAUUCACAAAGCGGUUCCUCCUUUACUGGAGGCGCAUCGAGCUCAGCUUGCUAGCGCAGGAGCAAACAUGCCGGCUCCUCCAGUGGGCAUGGACCCCUCGCUGGAGAUGAUCCACAGUCGUUUACAAAGAGACCCCCGUGGGAGCCGCUCUGACCCACAGAUGGAUCACCUUCGGCGGGAGAGGGAGUACAGGCUAGGCAGACAGACUUCCAGCGAGCAGGAGAUUCAGGCACGACUCAAUGAGCUGCCAUUGAUUGUUCGGCAGGAGCGUUACCGUCGGAGAAUGGAGAGACAGUCGUCCAGUGAGCAAGAGGCCAGUGGAAAGCAGAGAGUGCAAAAACACGACUCCAGCGAUGCAGAAUCUGGGAAAGAGCCAUCUGACAAGAGGCCGUCUGGGGAGAAGCGUUCCACUAUGGCUGAGAUUGUUGAGCAAGUGCAGGAGAGAGAAGCUUGCCAUGCAAGAGGAGAGGUGUACAGACCCCCCAGUAGCCUCUCUGCACCAGUAAGUCGUCUGGAUCGUCCUCGAGCUCGUGACCGUCCCAAACCACGAAGAAGACCUCGUCCAAAAGAGCCUGAAGAGCCACGGAGGUCACGCUCUGCACCUGCACAGAGUGUCCCAUCCACACCUCAACCUCCGACCCACACCGUCCAUCACGAGGGCUUCCUGUACAGGAAACACGAAGAGGAGGGAAAGAGAGAAGCCCAAACAGUAAAUCGUGGGUAAAUCUAUUCUGCGUGCUCAAACAAGGGGAGAUAGGGUUCUACAAGGAUGCACGACACACAACCACACCCUACAAUGACGAGCCUCUCCUCAA